AAAUGUGGUGGUUGAGGCCAACAAGGGCUAUGGGGCCGCUAUGAAUAACAGGAGACUACUGACUGAUAUAUUUCUUUAGGGGAGGCUGCAGUUACUCUGUCUGGACUAUGGUACAGUGAACUACUAGGCUAAUCAAAGCAGCUGAGGGAAUUUCCCGUUCCACCUUAAAUCUGGUUUGUUUGUGAAAAAUAUGGAGACGUUCUCUUUUUACGUGGAAGGGUGAAAGCCCCGCCCUGUGAACACUUGCAAUGCACGAGUGAAUUUCAACUGUCAAAAGUGGAGGACACAUUAGCUUUUGAGCUGUGCGGUUUUCAAUUAUCAGCAUCGCCUUUGUAAGUGAUCGCCCAUCAAUACGCUGUAGGUGUGAUCGAGGCGCAAUUUGUGCACAAAGCGCCGGAGUGCACGGAGGCUGACGAUCGGGAGGAAUAAAAAGUGUCGUCCUAGAAGUGAACAAGUUCUUGGUUGUUUUGGGGGGCCGACUGUUGCCAAUAUGUCCAGGAAUCCCACAUUUGUGAGUCCAUUCCACAGACCCCACUGUUUGGCCGCUGCCGCCCAGUCAGGAAAAGCCAAACUCACCCACCCUGGCAAAGCUAUUCUAGCAGGUGGUAUUGCUGGAGGAAUAGAGAUCUGUAUUACAUUCCCUACAGAGUAUGUGAAGACUCAGCUGCAGUUGGAUGAGAAGGCCAACCCUCCCAGAUAUAAAGGCAUCGUUGACUGUGUGAAGCAGACGGUAGACGGUCAUGGGGUGAGGGGUCUAUACAGAGGGCUCAGCUCACUGCUCUAUGGCUCCAUACCCAAAGCAGCUGUCAGGUUUGGUGUGUUUGAGUUCCUCAGUAAUAAGAUGCGUGAUGAGAGUGGGAAGCUGGACAGUACCCGGGGUCUUCUCUGUGGGCUGGGGGCUGGAGUGGCUGAGGCUGUGGUGGUGGUCUGCCCCAUGGAGACGGUCAAGGUAAAGUUUAUCCAUGACCAAUCGUCAGCCAACCCAAAGUACCGGGGAUUCUUCCAUGGAGUCAGGGAGAUCGUCAGAACAGAAGGCCUGAGGGGGACGUACCAGGGUUUGACAGCCACGGUACUGAAACAGGGAUCCAACCAGGCCAUCCGCUUCUACGUCAUGACAUCUCUAAGGAACUGGUACAAAGGUGAAGAUCCUAACAAGGCCAUUAACCCUCUGGUCACGGGAGCAUUCGGAGCCUUCGCUGGAGCUGUCAGUGUGUUUGGAAACACUCCUCUGGAUGUCAUCAAAACCAGGAUGCAGGGUCUGGAGGCUCACAAGUACAAAAGCACCCUGGACUGUGCCGUCAAGAUCAUGAAGCAUGAGGGACCUAAAGCGUUCUAUAAGGGUACAGUCCCCAGGCUGGGCAGGGUGUGUAUGGACGUAGCCAUCGUCUUCAUAAUCUACGAGGAGGUGGUGAAGGUCCUUAACAAAGUCUGGAAGACUGACUGAGAUCACGUUUCCGUGACAACCAGCGGAGUGGAGAACCCCCGGCAGGGCGGGGCUAUGGCUUGAUUCCAAACCCAAUCCCUCUGCCCUUUCCUUAGGUUAUCCAUGACUUGCUACCUCCUUACAGAUCUGACAUGGCUGGUUAUAUUUCAUUUCAAAAAAGUUGGUCUCUGUCCCCUGCCAUUGUUUGCUUUAGUCAGUUGGAAUGAAAUGCAGCCAUGAUAAGUGUAAACAAUCUGGGGAUGAGUGCACUUCGCCUAUGAUCCUAUUGGGGAUACUACUAUCAUAUUGUUUAUACCUACAUCCUCUGUUCUUCUGUAUAUCCACAGGGGGGAGUGAGCAAGGGCACAUGGGUAGGGUGGAAAGAUUUGGCCUAUAUGACUGGAAUAAUGGGAACACUGUAUCAUUCCAGAGCAGUGUCUUAGACCAACAGUGCUUCAGUUCACUAAUUGCUAUUAUUAACAUCUUAUGUUGUACAUUAAUCAAAGAUGAAACAAUACUUAUAGCUAAAAACCCAAUAAAAUGUGAUGUAAAUCAAAGGAAAAAACUUGAAAUGAGAGAGGAGGAGGAUCAAAGGCUUUUAACUCCAAAGACCAUGUUGUAUAUUUAACACGAUGGUGUGACCCAGUGAAAUGGGUCUGGUAGAGAUGUGGAGGCCGUCGUUCAUACACAUGAUGGCACUACAACAGACAUGCCUGUUCACGUGUCACAUGGGUGUUGUUUUCCAGGUUUAAUGCAGGUCUGAAAUGUAGCUGCUUUACAUACCUGAGUACAAUUGCAACACAAUGCCUUAUAUCAUUAUAUUCAGAGAUAUCUUUAUGGUAGAGAGCUACUAUAUGUACAGUGCCUUGAAAAAGUAUUUGCCCCCUUUCUGAGUUUCUCUAUUUUUGCAUAUUUUUUUAAUACUGAAUGUUAUCAGAUCUUCAAUCAAAAGGGAACCUGAGUUUACAAAUAAUAAAAAAUAUAUACUUAUUUUAUUUAACAUUUUGCUUACUGGGACUUCUAAUUUUGAGAGGGGCAGCAUUUUUUGGUCUCACCUAGGGUGGCAGAACAGCAAGGACUGGCCCUGCUUCCAAGAGUCUUGAUGAUCAUCCAGGUGCUUUAUGGCAAACUUGUCAACCUUUUGGAGGUCAUGAGUCUGUAUAUGCCUAGCAAAAACCAAACCAGGCAUUCCACAGUAAGAACCUUACACCAACGGUCAAUCAUAGGAGUCUAGGUGUCAUUUAGAUUUUGGCCACUAGAGGCAGCAGGGGUUCAAACUGUAGAACCCAGUUCCAACAUUUUAAUAUAAAAAUUGAUUUUAUCAAACAAAACUAUGCUACAUUAUAUCUCUUGGACCUUCAGUAUGACAAAUCAGAGCAAGAUUACUGAAUGUAAGUACAUUUAUUUACCUUCAGAGGUGAAUGUAUCAAACCAGAUGCUGUGAUAAGUGUUUUGUUGUUGUG